CAGACACUCACUCAUUCAGUCUCCAUAUCUCCCCCUCCCUCUCCUACUUUUUUCUUUCUUUCUCUCUCUCUCUGACUGCAUCAGCCGUCACCAGUGGACUUCACCCAGUACCUCCACCGCGUCUGCGCGUCAGGGAGCUUCAAAGCUGAGACCCGCAAACUCAUGCAGGAAUGACAUACUAUAAACACUAGCGGGGGUUCUAUCAGCCUACUGUUCCUCACAGCUGAAGGGUCGUUUUGGAAAGAAAAAGCAGAAAGAGCGACAAAGAAGAAAGGAGUGAAAAUAUUUUAUUUCACUGUGUUGGUUAAGAAGAGUAGAUGAGUCAAUGGCCGGUGCUCAGCCAGGAGUUCACGCGCUGCAGCUCAAGCCCGUGUCGGUGAGCGAGAGCUUGAGAAAGGGCAACAAAUUUAUGAAAUGGGAUGAUGACUCCACUACGGUGACCCCUGUGACUCUACGAGUUGACCCCCAAGGCUACUUUCUUUACUGGACUGACCAGAACAAGGAUACCGACCUCCUGGACAUCGCCUAUAUCAAAGAUGCCAGGAAUGGAAAAUGCACCAAAACGCCAAAGGACAUGAAGCUAAGAGAGCUCCUGGACGUCAGCACCUUGGUGGGGAAGAUGGAGAACAGGAUGCUGACCGUGGUCAGUGGACCAGACAUGGUGAACAUCACAUACCUCAACUUCAUGGCGUUCCAGGAGGAGAUCGCUAAGGAGUGGGCAGAAGAGUUGUUUAGCCUGGCGUCUAACCUACUUGCCCAGAACAUGUCCAGAGAAGCAUGCCUUGAGAAAGCAUACACACGUCUGAAGCUACAGCUCAACUCAGAGGGUUGCAUCCCAGUGAAGAACGUCUUCAGAAUGUUCUCAGCAGAUAGAAAACGAGUGGAGACUGCGCUGGAGAACUGCAACCUCCCUUCAGGACGAAAUGAUUCCAUCCCUCAAGAGGACUUCACUCCAGAGAUCUACAAAGUCUUCCUCACCAACAUUUGUCCUCGACCUGAACUAGACAACCUUUUCUCUGAAGUUGGAGCCAAAAGCAAACCUUACCUGACGGUGGAGCAGCUGACAGAGUUUAUAAACGUCCGACAGAGAGACCCUCGUCUUAACGAGAUCCUCUACCCACCUCUGAAACCUGAACAGGUGCAGAGCCUGGUGGACAAGUACGAACCCAACCAACUGCUGGCUCAGAAAGGUCAGAUCUCGGUGGAGGGCUUCGCCAGGUAUCUGAGCAGUGAAGAGAACAGCAUCGUCCCUCCCGAGAAGCUGGACCAGAGUGAGGACAUGACCCUGCCUCUGUCCCAUUACUUCAUUAACUCCUCCCACAAUACAUACCUUACAGCCGGCCAGCUGGCAGGUAACUCGUCGGUUGAGAUGUACCGUCAGGUGCUACUCUCAGGAUGUCGUUGUAUUGAGCUGGACUGCUGGAAGGGACGCACCACCGAAGAAGAACCUGUCAUCACACACGGAUUCACCAUGACAACCGAAAUCUCCUUCAAGGAGGUGAUUGAAGCUAUUGCAGAGUGUGCCUUCAAGACCUCGCCUUUCCCUGUCAUCCUGUCCUUCGAGAACCACGUGGACUCGCCCAAGCAGCAAGCCAAGAUGGCUGAGUACUGCAGGUCAAUAUUCGGAGAUAUGCUACUGACUGACCCUCUGGAGAAGUACCCUUUGGAGGCAGGAGUUGCCUUGCCAAGUCCCAUGGACCUGAUGGGAAAAAUACUGGUGAAAAACAAGAAGAAACACGUCAACACUUCCAGCACCAAGAAGAAGCUGUCAGAGCAGGUCUCCAAUACAUACAGCGACUCGUCCAGCGUGCAUGAACCCUCUUCUCCCAGCGCAGGAUCAACCAAUCAAGAGAUUACAGAAUCCUCCCAGCCUCUAGAGGUCGCUGAGCUCGGCAGCCGACCACAGGGCAGGAAGUCCAUCGGUGAAGUUGAGGCAGAGAGUGAUGAUGACGAUGAUGAUGACGAUGACUGUAAAAAGGGGUCCAUGGAUGAGGGUACAGCGGGAAGUGAAGCACUGGCUACAGAAGAGAUGUCUAACCUGGUUAGUUACAUCCAGCCGGUCAAAUUCUACUCAUUCGAGACAUCCAAAAAGAUCAAUCGGAGCUAUCAGAUGUCAUCAUUUGUGGAGACCAAAGCCUUGGAGCAGCUUACCAAGUCACCUGUGGAGUUUGUCGAGUAUAACAAGCUGCAGCUGAGUCGUAUCUACCCAAAAGGCACAAGAGUGGACUCGUCCAACUACAACCCCCAGCUCUUCUGGAACGCUGGUUGCCAACUGGUGGCCCUCAACUUCCAGACCAUCGACCUGUCUAUGAUGUUGAAUCUGGGCAUGUAUGAGUACAAUGGGAAGUGUGGCUACAGGCUGAAACCAGAGUUCAUGAGACGACCAGACAAACACUUUGACCCGUUCGCCGAGAGCACCGUGGACGGCAUCGUGGCCAACACACUGUCUGUGAAGAUCAUCUCAGGCCAGUUCCUGACCGAUAAGAAGGUGGGGACAUACGUGGAGAUUGACAUGUUUGGUCUGCCGGUGGACACCAGAAGGAAGGGCUUUAAGACCAAAACGUCUCAGGGCAACGCUGUCAACCCUGUCUGGGAGGAGGAGGCCUUCAUCGUCAAAAAGGUGGUGCUGCCCACACUGGCCUCAAUGAGGAUCUCUGUGUUUGAAGACGGAGGGAAGUUCAUUGGCCAUCGCAUCAUCCCUGUGAACGCCAUUCGCCCAGGUUACCACUACAUCGGACUGAGGAAUGAGAAGAACCAGUCUCUGACCCUCCCUGCUCUCUUCGUCUACGUGGAGGUGAAGGACUAUGUCCCCGACACAUUUGCAGACGUCAUCGAGGCGUUGUCCAAUCCCAUCCGCUACGUCAACCUGAUGGAGCAGAGGGCCAAUCAACUGGCAGCUCUCACCCUAGAGGAGGGAGCAGAGGAAGAGGAGAGCAAAGAGCAGGUGGAAGCGGGUGGCGAUGACCCAAAGGAGCCUGACCCCCGGGUGACCCUGCCGGCAGAGAACGGGGUCAGCCACCCACCCGUCAUCACACCGAAACCUAGCAACCAGCCUCAGCCCACAGGUACGGGUUCGGUGAAACCAACCGUGAGGACCGAAGACGUCAUUCAGAGUGUUCUUACAGAGAUCGAGGCGCAGACGCUGGAGGAGUUGAAGCAGCAGAAGGGCUUUGUGAGGGAGCAGAGGAAGCAGUACAAGGAGAUGAAGGAACUGGUGAGGAAACACCACCGCAAGACCAGCGAGCUGAUCAAGGAGCACACGGCCAAGGCGGCUGAACUUCAGAGCCAGUACCAGCGUAGACGCUCGGCGCUGCAGAAGAGCCACAAACGAGACGGUAAGAAAAGGUCGGAGCAGUUUGUGUCGUCACUGGAGCAGGAGCUGUGCAUGUUGGACCAGGAGUGUAGCCAGAGACUGUCUGAGCUGAAGGAGCAGCAGCAACAACAGCUACUGACCCUGAGACAAGAGCAGUAUUACAGCGAGAAGUACCAGAAAAAAGAACACAUCAAAAUGCUGGUGGAGAAGUUGACAAGCAUAGCGGAGGAAUGUCAGAGCGCCCAGAUGAAGAAGAUCAGAGACAUCUGUGAAAAGGAAAAGAAAGAGCUAAAGAAGAAGAUGGACAAGAAAAGACAGGAGAAGAUCAACGAAGCAAAGGCCAACAACAAGAAUGUGACAGAGGAAGAGAAACUGGAGAUUAACAGGUCGUUUGUCAACGAGGUGGUGCACCAUAUCAAACGGUUGGAAGACGCUCAGAGCAAGAGAUUGGAGAGACUAGUGGAGAAGCACAAGGACAUCCGACAGCAGAUUGUGGAUGAGAAACCCAAGCUGCAGAGCGAGCUGGACCAGGAGUACCAGGACAAGUUCAGAAGGUUGCCCCUAGAGAUCCAGGAGUUCGUUCAGGACAGCAGCCGGACCAAGCUUAGCGACGACAGUCCCUGCGGCAACAUGUCUGUGUCCUCGACAGCCGAGAGGCUCAACCACAAAGCCUCGCAGUCUGAGGAUGAUGCAGAAGACUCGACGGAGAAGGUGUUUGACACGUCCCUUUAGGACAGUUCUGAAAUGACACCCUACCCCCUGUCAGGUGCAGUUCUUUGGGCCAGAGUAUCAUAUUAGACAGGUAGAAACUAGUGUACUAAAUAGGCAAUAGGCCAACACUUUGGAUGCAUUCGGAGUAUUCACACACCCCUUUAGAGACUGAAACCCCACCCCCUCAUCUGAAUUGGACGGUUCUGGUUGGUCGUUCUGGCUCGAGGUGGAAAUUGCCACUCGAGCGCAGACGUAAAGAUGGACACUUGGCACGCAAUCCUAAACCGAACCUGUAGGGGGGUUUUAGACGUUAUCUGACCCUGGACCAGUAAAAGGGAUGAGCUACUCCGUGCCUCUGUUCAGAUUUGUAAAUACUUGUUUUGUACUUCUGUGUUCUAUUGUUUUUCUCCGGAGUGCGUGAGUAGGCACUAAUAAUGCGCAGGAACUAAGUUACUUGAACUAUUGCACAGAUGGAAUACUUUCUUUUUAAAUGUUUUUAAUAUGUUCCUAAUUUUUGAACGAGAUAAAGUAUUAGCUGUUCAGUUCUCACAAUGUUGACGUUUGAGCAGAAAGGUGACCGGUGCCAAUGUCUUUAUAACACUGUGUUCAGAAUGAGGUUAGUAACAUUACGAAGACAUGGGUUAAGACUGCGUAGUGAUUCCGCUGGGAGUCUCUGAUGUAGUUAAAGCAUGGUAAAUAAAUCUGACCACUGUGGACACGGCCUUUAUUGACUUCAUUUAAAAGUAAGAAUCCCUCCUCCUGUAUAUUUUGCACUGAAGGCUUUUGACAAAACUAACUUGUCUAUUGUAUUCUAACCCCGAAGCACUGGAGGCUUGAAGGUUUUAUUUCUUCCUUGUAGAAAUAGGUCUUUAUGUUGUGCUGCUACCGGCUUUUAUUACUGUUGUUAUCCUGUUUUGCUUUGUAAGGUGUAAUAUUGACCCGGUCAACACGUGCAGUACUUAUUUAAUAGUUUCAUUAUACAUAUAUAUAUAUAUAUAUAUAUAUAUAUAUAUAUAUAAUAAUUGUGAUGUUAGGAUCUUGACACAUUAGCGUUUUUUGAUUGUUUCUGGUUGGGGGGAAAGCAAAACAUUGUGAGGAAAGGAAGGAGGGAAAUGAAGGAAGGAUGAGUAAACAAUGUAUAUGCAUGUUCUUGAACAAUUGUAAAUGUAAAAUUGUUAGCUCUGUAGCAGACAAGAUGUAACGUAAGUGACCAUGUCUCUCUCCGCCUGUACAAUAGGUUACUUCCAUUGAUCCCAAUAAUCUGAACUCCCAUUAGAACGGCAUGGAUGAGAUUACAUUGUUUGGAUUCAUAUGAGACAAAAGACAAUGAGACUGUAUCACUGCCCCUGACCAAAGACUGAAGUAGUAAACACCUGGACACUCAACCAAAUUCAUCUCAGUCAAAUGAAACAAUCUUAGUGCACCUGUUGCUACAGUACGUUUUUACUCUUGAGCACAGUUUAAUGAUCAUAGAUGUACACAUGGCCAAUAGAUAUUCCAACUGUUUUUGUUGUACUUGGGCAAUACAUUAAGUACUUAAUGCCUAACACAGCCAAAGCAGAAAUUUUUCAAACAAAAGAGUGGUAGAUUUGAACUACCAAGUAUUUCAAGCUAAUUUCAUUUCCACAUGGUAUAUAGAGAACACCACCCCUACUCCUCCUUUGAUAUUUGGCAUCUUACUCAAUUGUCAAUCAAAGACCCAAAACGUUCUUAAGGAGACUCCCAUCCUGUACAAUGCCAUAUAUAGACCACAAUGGAUGUGUCAUGUCUGUUAUGGGAUUUUUUAUUUCUAUUGAUUAUCCUGAGUCAGUUUAAUGGAUCACAUUGUCAACUGCAAACAAGUACAACUUGGUUUCUAAAAGACAGUUCUAAUUGAUGUGAGAGUCCUGUGCCUUUUUAAUUGGUUUGCCUUGUUUUUGAUGUUGAAUGUGUGAAAUGCAUCAUUGUGUAUAUUGCCAUUGUAUUCUGCAAAGCUGUCUGUUAUUGUAUAGACUCAUGUGCACUUUUAGUAUGGUACUACUGCUAAUAAAAAAAAAACAACGCUUGUGAUGACGAACAGUAUUUUCAGAAGUGUCUCGUUAAAAAAGUUAAUGCUAGGACGUUUAUUUUUAUUUUGUAUUGAACCACUUUAUUUAAAAUGUUCUGUUCAUCUUCUUAUGUGUAUGCAUUGAUGAGUUGUACAUGUGUGACGUAAAGGCUAAAUGAAGAUGAUUUGAUGAUCGUUGAAUAGUAGUGUAGAGGGAAUUUGCUUGUAAGUAAUAAAUGUGACUAUUGUACAUUGCUGAAG